AUGGACUAUUGUAUUCAUGGAGAGCGGAUAGCCAAGGUUGUUUCCAGAAACGAGAAGAAUGAGAUCCAGUUCUAUGAGCUUUCGAGUUCUGGUGAAUAUGCAUUAACGGGAUCUGUGUUUUUAGACAAACCAGUGUUGGAUUUCAAAUUCAAAUCUGAUGACGACAAUAAAGGCGAUACCAGCAAUACUAAGAACUCCAAGAAAAGGACAAUGAACGGAGAUGAAACAAUAUUGAAUGGCGAUGCAAAGGAGUCGCUAUUGGCAGUGCUUCUAGAAGAUAAAUCUAUUGUGAUUAUUUCUCCACUCUCAAAUUCGAUAGUGAGGAAGAUAAACAUUGAUAAAUCCAAAAACAAAGCUAUUGCUGUUGUGAGCUAUCAGAACGAUACUAUAUGGGCAAGUACCGAAUCGCAAGAAUAUCUCUUGAAAAUCUCCACCAAUGCAGAUAACAAGAUUAGUAAAUUCAACGUACCGAAAUACACUGCGAUAUGCAUUACCAAAAACUCUGAGGUUUGUUUUGGCACAGCAUCGACGACAGACUUUAGAUUGGAAAUUGGAAAAUUGCUAAAAAGCAAAUAUUCAAAAGUCAAAGAGAUUGAUUUACCACAAGAAAUAAAGAGUGUUGAACCACUAUGUCAACAUUAUUUUGUCAUUCUCACUUUGUCACAAAAAGUGUAUAUACUAUCUACUGAAACGGAAAAAUUGAAACAGCUCGAAUGUCAGGAGGAAGUGGAGAAGAUACAAGUAUUGCAUUUGGGUGAGGAGAAGUAUAUAAUAGGAGUAAUGCAUCAAGGAUUGACAAUUUUUGCCAGUGAUGGUUCAUGCAUCAAUUCAAUCAAUAUGGAUCAAAUGACAGACCAACCAAUUGACCAUGUAUUCAGCUUGGGUAAUGUCCCAUUCAUAAGUUGGCAAGUCGAAAAUACUUUGCAUUUCAAGGCCUUUUCAAUAACCCAAAAUGAAACAAUCGAGUUAAAAAACGGUACUGGAAAGUCUUUGGAACCGAAUAAUGAUAGUGCGAGUGUAAUUGAUUUACCAGACGUGAAAAAGAUAUCAGGUAUGGAUACAAUUGCAAUCUUGAAAGGCUUACACAUUCUUUUAUGUGAGCCUAGCUUGGACAAGAACAAAGUCAUACAAUAUACAUGCUCAUCGAUAAUAGACACUGAAGCAAUUAAGCAAAUUAUAUCGUCGUUAACACAUGAACAGAGUGAAAAAUUAUACACGAUAAUAAGCGAAGAAGUAGCCAAAAACGUCAAUGAGAAUCAUGAGGCUAGUCUAUGGCUUCAAUGGAUACUUUUACUCCACGGUGGUGCCUUAGCUCAUAUAUCAUCUGUUUCAGUUAAAAAUUUACAAAAUCAACUACAAUCUGGCUUAAAGAUAAUGCCGCAUUUAUAUGCAAUUAAAGGGAAACUUGAACUUUUACAAUUACAAUCUCAACUUCGAUCGAAUACGUCUCUUGGAGAUGAUUAUAUUUCAACAACUGUUGAAAAUGAGAGUAUUUUGUAUGCCAAUGGUGAAGUUGAUGAUACUUUUGCUCUUAUUCAAUAA